AUGCUCGUGAUACGGAGGAGUCAGGUGAAAGCUGCUUAUGGAAUUAGAGCUUUCCACUCUUCAAAACCAGGGAAGUUCAGCCUUCUGAAAUCCCUCGAGAAAUCUGAUGGUGAACAAUCUUUUGUUGUUAAAAGAGUAUUGAAUCAUCCACCUGAACUGUUUUAUGAUGUUGUCUCCGAUGUGUCACAAUAUUCCAAGUUUGUUCCAUAUUGCACACGUUCAUUUAUAAAUGCAAGAGAUCAAGCUCUACAACCCACAGAAGCUGGUUUAAGAGUUGGUUGGAAAUCAUUUGAUGAAGAAUUUGUCUGUAAUUUACAAUGUGACCCAAAGAAAGUUGUCAUUGCUGAAUCUGUCACACAUUCGUUAUUUGAGCAUCUUUACACCAAAUGGACAAUUACACCAAAUGCCAGAAAGAACUCUUGUGACAUGGAAUUGUUAUUGAAAUUCAACUUCAAGAGUGCACUAUACAACAGAGUGAGCUCGUUAUUCGCUGAAAGUGUUAGUGAAUUGGUUAUUAAGGCAUUUGAUAAACGAGCUGCACAACUGAGACGAGAAAUGAUGAAACAAGAAAGAGCAUGA